AUGAAGUUUCUUCUUCCUCUCCUGGCCAGCUCUGGUCUGGCCAGUGCUGCAAUCUUCGGAUCACCUACUACCCAUACCAAACCUGAUAGCUGGGGAGGCAGUGUUUCGUUGGGCCCAUCCAAGUCGACCAUUAUCAAUGCCGUUACCACUAUUAUUCCUGGUACUGCUCCGUCCACCCAGAAUGGCGAGCUCUUCCUGUGGCCGGGCAUGUCCAAUGGUACUGGAGAUUUGAUCCAGACUACCUUGGAGAGCUGGCCUGACAACUCCUGGUGUGGAGCCACUACUGGGCAGUGGUGCGUCCGCGCCAGUGUGUUUGGAUCCUUUGGUCAGCUCGAUGGCACUGCCAGCCCCGUCAGCGGGUCUGAGAAGGUCCGGAUUGAAUACAAUUUGGAGAGCGAUGGAGAGACAUGGAAGCAGACUGUCACCAAUGCUGACACUGGAGCUCUCCUUUCUACCUAUUCUCGUGCCUCUGGCCCAUACAUGACCUGUGACUGCACCGGCACUAUCGCUGCUCAGCAGUGCCUCAACACGACCAUCACCCUGGCCUCCGCCGAUACCACCUUCGGUAGCACCAUUGCCACUGCUCAGAGUGCGACUUACACAGGAUUGAAGUCGAGCCAGAACGGCAAGGUCUGGGUUAUUGACACUAUCAACAUCCCAUCCAUGUCUUGA